AUGUCUUCAUUCAAUCUAUUUUCGUCGUUCUGGAUGUCCAUGUUCGUCUUAUCAUCUUUUUUUACUUUAUCUAUACAAGUAAAUGAGGAGUCACAUGUUGACAUCAACUCAUGGUGUCAAACAACUCCUUAUCCUAACCAAUGUAAUUACUUCCUGGGUCGUGGCCCAAUGCCACGACACAAGGAAGAUUUUCGAAUAUUAGCCUUGCAGGCUGCAAUUGAUAAUGCCAAUGAAACACAAGGAUGUGCAAAAGAACUUGGUAAAAUGUGCCAGACUACCUCAAAGAAGGCGGUCUGGGACGACUGCUACAACCUUAUCAACAACUCUAUUUUCCAACUCAACCAAACGCUAAACGGCCUAAAAAACAACCAAAGCUCGGAUUUUGAUGCCCAGACAUGGCUGAGCGCCUCCCUCACUAACCUCCAAACUUGUUUUUUGGGUUGUGAUGACCUAAAUGUAACCGAUUUCGUUACUCCCAUCAAGUCAAGUAACUUGACUGAGAUGAUAAGCAAUAGUUUGGCUAUAAAUCAUGGUUUCUUGAAGCAAAAGAAUAAUCCUAGUUCUGCUAAUCAAACAAAUGAUCUUCCAACAUGGGUAACACAUCUUGACCGGCGACUAUUGGCCACGGUCUCCCUCCAGUCGAUAGCAAAUGUGACAGUAUCCCAAGCACCAGAUAGUCGGUUUCCAACGAUACAGUCAGCUCUUGAUUAUGCUAAAAGUAUAGACCGUCUGAAUACGAGAUUUGUAAUAUAUAUCAAAGCAGGUGUUUAUAAUGAAUACAUUCAGGUUACGAACGACUUGAAAAACAUCAUGUUUGUGGGUGAUGGGAUAAGGUAUACUAUCAUCACCGGCAACCGGAGUGUAGUCUACGGAGGUACCACAACUUAUGGGUCAGCAACCAUCGGAAUUGAUGGCCCUGGAUUCAUAGCUCGUGGAAUAACAUUCCGCAACACUGCUGGCCCUCAAGCGGGCCAAGCAGUAGCAGUACGAUCAUCAUCCGAUCUCUCGGUCUUCUACGCUUGUAGCAUUGAAGGAUAUCAAGAUACCUUAUUCGCGGUCUCUCAACGACAAUUUUACAAACUUUGUUACAUUUAUGGUACCGUUGAUUUCAUAUUUGGCAAUGCGGCUGUGGUAUUGCAAAACUGCGUAAUCCUAGUAAGAAAGCCCGUAAUUGGACAAGCAAACACCAUAACCGCCCAAGGUCGUGGUGACCCAUUCCAAAAUAGUGGCAUUUCCAUCCACAACUGUCGUGUACUACCAGCUCCGGACCUAAUUCCAGUGUUGGAUUCAGUCCAAACCUAUUUAGGUCGGCCGUGGCAAGAAUUUUCUAGAACCGUGUUUAUGAAAACAUAUCUUGAUGGUUUUAUCAACCCUAAAGGAUGGUUGCCUUGGGGGAAUACUGAUUUCGCUUUUACAACUUUGUAUUAUGGAGAAUAUGGUUGCUUUGGCAAUGGUUCGGCAUUGGAAAACCGAGUGGACUGGCUCGGAUACCAUGGUGAUUUGAGCUUGACUGAUGCACAUGCUUUCACGGUGGAAGAACUCAUUUCAGGCAGGAUGUGGCUGCCUGCCACCGGUGUACCGUUCAUAGCCGGAAUGUGA